AGAGACACGACGCGUAACUGCGGCGGGUAAUGGUCACCAUAGGUAACAUAAUGUCCGGGGCUCAGGGCUCUCCAUGUCAGGUAUUAACAGACCGAGUGUGAUUAAAUGUGGGAGGUAGAAGCUGUGAGGCUGGCGGAGAGCGCCGCUGCCGCUGCGAGCUGGAAACUACUGAAUGGGAAUCUAUCCGGCAACUUCACCAGACCGCUGUCUCACGGCGACACGGGGGCUCUGCGUAAAACCAAGCGGCGCGUCUCCAAGUCUGGCUCAGCCCAACUCACAGACGGAGAGGACGCAGAAGUUGGGUCGGGCGAGCUGCUUUUCACUUGUUACCGGCGCUCGGCUCCCACUAACAUGCCUGCUAUCAAAAAGGAGAGGCUGGAUGGAGACGACAUGGCAUUGACUGCGUUCAACCAGUCCGAAUACCUGGCCCCUUUAAAUGCCGCCGCUAUCCCCGUGGUGACCCCGCAUCCGCCGCCGUAUGACCACAUUUUCGCCCAUCACCGUGCGUACUUGGGGCUCCACGACUCGGCGCUGCAUCACCAGCACCUCCACCAUCACACGGACGACUUAAUGCUGGAGAGGUUCUCCUCCAUCCCGGACUUUCAGCCCUUCUUCGACAACGGGGAGCCGUGCAUCGAAGUGGAGUGUGGGGAAAACAAGGCUUUGCUUUAUAUCAAUAAAUUGUGUCAAGGUAGUAAGGGACCCUCAAUUAAAUACAGGGGCGAGUGGCUUACCCCCAACGAGUUCCAGUUUGUCAGUGGACGAGAGACUGCCAAAGAUUGGAAACGCAGUAUUAGACACAAAGGGAAAAGUCUCAAGACUCUUAUGUCCAAAGGAAUCUUACAGGUGCACCCUCCGAUCUGUGAUUGUCCUGGUUGUCGAAUUUCAUCUCCAGUGAACCGCGGACGCUUGGCUGAGAAACGUACCAUCCCCCUUCCUCCUAACCGGGUGCCCAAGAAGGAGCUGGCCUCCAUCUUCAGCAGUGACGACAGUGAAGGCAGCGACCGAGCCAGUGGAGAUCAUGCCCACAUCAAACAAGAGGACGAGCUGCAUUACAGUAUCAUGAGAAAGAGUCGUGACAGUGACCUCUCUACAAUCAUCUCCAACCUGCACCACACCAGACAGCACGGCAUGCCCGAGGGCCAGUCAGCCUCCGACCACAACACCAGUACUGGACACACAGAUGACCUUCUAGGGAAGAGAAGAAGCUUCUCUCCCAACAGCAGCAGCGAGUGUCCCUCUGACAGCAAGAAGUCACGUAGCGUAUCCCCCAAAGAGAACUCCACGAGCCCAGUGGUGGAAGCAGGCGGCAGCCACGGCCACAUGAGCCCCGAGGAGCACUACAGGCGCAUGAUGUCAGCGCUCAGCGAGCAGGGGUCCUAUGAGGAGCAGCAGCAACGGCUCUACCAGCUGGCGAGCAGCAUGGGUCUGCCUGGCCAUGGUCAGUCCACGGGAUCCGUAUUUGUAGAUAUGCUGCGUGCUCGUCAGGAGGCGUUUGCUGCAGCAGUUAGAAAUCCAGCGGCCUUAGAAGCUCACCUGCCUUCGGCGGGCAGCUCCUCUUCGUCCAGCCAGAGGCGCAAGCAGGGUCUGCCGCAGCACCGGGACGCACAUUACACCGACAGAGAUCUGUCUCACCCUCCACCCCUCCUGUCCCCACCAACUGGCCCUCACAUCGCCUUAGGACCUCACCUGCGGCCUCCUUUCCUGGGCAUGCCCUCAGCUCUUUGCCAGGCCCCUGGUUAUGGUUUCCUCCAACCGGCUCAAGCUGAGCUCUUUGCUCGGCAACAGGAGAUGUUGAGGAAACAAAAUCUAGCCAGACUUGAGAUGUCGGCAGAGCUGCUGAGACAGAAAGAGUUGGAAAGCCUCCACCAGCAACAGCAGCAGCAGCGUCUUCUGGGCUCUGAACCUUUGGGCGCUCUUCCACCUGGCCUCCCUCCAGACCAUCCAGCCCUGCGCAGCCUCCACGACAUCCCAGAGGGCCACCCGCUCCGCGAGGAACUGGCCCGCCGCUCGAAUGCAAUGCAGGUGCUCCGCCAUGGGUCUGCCGCACCGCUCCUCACCCACCAUCAGCAUCAACAUCCAGGACCACCCUCCACACCCAAAGACACCCAGGCACAGAGAUCUCCCGCUGGCCCAGAUUCUGAAUUCAGGAAGGCCCCCCGCAGGGCCCCCCAGACGCAGCUCCGUGCUGGGGAUCACACAGAAGGGCGAGAGGACAGAGGGAGGUUUGUCGACCGGGAGGUCCACGAUGAGGAGAUGAAGGACUCGGACAGUGACGAGGAGAUGUGUGAGGAGAGGCGGAACAGUGUCGCUGCCAAGUCGAGCAGUAAACCCAGGGACCGGGACAGAGACGGGGGUAAAGAGACUGGCAGGAAGACGGCGUGUGACAGUGCCAAGGAGACCGGAGAGAGCUCAGGCAGACUGAGUGCCCCUUGUAGUUCAACAGGGACGGAGUCACCCAGUCGCCACCUCUUCACCCCUGGACUGGGCAAGGCUGAUGUCAAGUACCACCUGCCACCUGGGUUCAUGCCACCGCUGCCUGCUCUUCAUGCUCAGUCACUGCCCUUCGGAUUCCCCUACGCCAACCCCUACUUUCACACAGGCUCCGUGGGAGGUCUUUUCAUGGAUGGGGAGGACUCGGCCACAGCAAACCCUGUGGAGGACAUCAGCAAGUGGAGCGUGGAGGACGUGUGUGGCUUUAUAAGCAGCCUGGCCGGAUGUGCUGAAUACACACAGGUGUUUCGGGAGCAGGCCAUUGAUGGAGAGACAUUACCGCUGCUCACUGAGGAGCACCUGCUCACCACCCUGGGACUAAAGCUGGGGCCUGCGCUCAAGAUCCGCUCACAGGUGGCGCGGCGCGUUGGCAGGCUUUUCUACAUGACUGGAUUCCCGCUGGCGUUCCCGUUUCCGCCUUCUGCCGCACUGCGCCCCCCAGAGCGCGAUCGGGACUCCCUGACAACGCCAUCUGACACCCCCUUGCCGCUCUCUUUGUCCCUGCCCCACAGACCCACUUCAACCAGCAGCAGCUCCUCUCCAUACAGCGGCCCCACCCCAGGGUGCUCCUCACCCAAGCAGGAAAAUGGCAACGGCUCCACAGUAGUUGGAAGAUAUGAGGCCAAAACUCCAUCGUAGGAAAGGACAGGCAGGGGUGAGGAGGCCAGACUCAAACUAACGUGACCCAGGGAGACUCCCGGGCCCCCAUUUGCCAGACUCUUCCCAUCUUGGGACCGCGACGCUGGAAUUUAGGGAAAGAUAUUGGACUGGAAUAAGAGACGACUGUACCGUCCGUAUCCAGCAAAACAAUCAGCUUAUAAGUUCCUCUGCAUUGGUUGUAGCCGAGCAGAAGCCACAACAAACUGGAUUGGAAGGGAGACACGCGAAGCGACAGAGGAGAAAAGGGAAGAAGAAAAGAGGAAGAGGAGACAGCUGGUCACAGACAGCCUGCCAAAAAAAAAAAAAAAGGAGCGAAGGCCUGCCACGAAUGUGAAAUUCUUGCAAGUCAGACGCGAGCGGAUACUCUUCCUUCCUUCCUGGACUGGAGGAAGCUCCGCUCACUCACUUUUCUUUCUCUCGUCUCUCACCACAAGUCCUGAAGAACCCGGGAGAUAAAGAGACGUCCUCCCUUUUUGUCAUCUUCCUCCAUCCCCUAGCUUGUUUCCUGAGGCCCGACAGCAGCGUGGAGGAGUCUUUUUAGAGGCUGCAGUCGAAGCAUUACGCUGAGCGGCACCAGAUCGGACCGGCUCCCUCUUUUCACUGCAACUAUGCAUUCCACUGUCCCGAUACCAAAGAUGACCGGAUGUGUGGAAAUGAAACCAUGUUCCAGGACAUGUCUGCUUCUUUCUGCAUUGAUGGUCACACAGAAAGACUGGUCCAACAGGGAAAGGCUAGUGCCUCACAUGUGACACAGGAAGAGCUGUCGUUUACUGACAUACAAAUGCUUCAAAAUGUUAGUGAAAUGGAGAAGCCUUAACGGCGGCUACGGUGUGUACGGCUUACGUCAUUGUAUGCUCGUGUUGACUACUGUGGGAGGUAGGAAAAACAUGCAAAAUUGUACAGAAUCAUGCUUAAGAUGAAAAUAUCCUGAAGGUUACAUACGUGGUACUUUUACUUUUUGUUAAACGUAGUUGCACGAAUAAGGUUUUCUUUACUGAAGAAAAAUGUGACUUGCUGAACUUUGGUGGUACUUUUGUUCAUACUCUUUUGUUCUGCCAUUUAAAAAAAAGUGUAAUAUUAAAAGACGCUCCAAUCUUGAAUGCUACUUCAGCAUAUAAAUGAGGAAAAAUAUUUAUAGGACUUUUGAUGUAGUAAAGCAGAUUAUGAUAUGUAUUAUAAUUAGCCCUUAAGAUGGAUUCCAAAGAUACUUUAACUUUGUUUUCUCUUGGUUGCAGGGAAAAGAAAGGCACAAAGCUCUUAUUGCAAAUGUUUGGAAUUUGUUAUGGAUUUUUUUUUUUAACUACGCAAGCAAUUAAUUAAAAAUGGUCUCUAGAUUUCCCUUCGAAAGUUUUGUCUUCAUCCUAUUUUUCUAUUCACCACACAGGUGAAAUAAAUCCUUAAGAAAUUA